CUGUUCCCGUCGGGGCCCUGAUUCCCUGAUCUUGAAGACUAGCCCCGUCUACAAGAGUUCAUGACGAGUCAUUUCAGGGUCACUUACGUGGGCGACUUAAAAGCCGUCUUGAAGGUCUGGUGCCAGAAUACAUUAGCGCAUCCUCUCUGGAGGGGACUCUGGCAGUAUUUCCCCAAAUUAAAAGUAAUUUUUGCCGUGAGGCCCCCUGGUGAGCCCUGGGAGGGCCACGUCUCAGAAUCUGCUCCACGAACUACCCCCUGGGAGCCCGGUACGUGCGCCCCGUGGCUCCUUCCCCGGACAUUUGCCCGGCGGGCUCCUUCUUACCUUAGCUGCGGCGAUUCUGGCCUGAGGCCGUGCUUCCGGGAGCCCUCCGCUCGCGGCAUCUGUCCCGGUCUCGCCGGCCGCCAGACGCUCAGACUGGUAGCAGGAGAUGCCUAGUGUGUCCCCGUCCACGCGGCCGCGCAGGAGCUGCUUCAUCGGCACCGAUGUUUCCACGUCUGCACAAGCCUCUUACAAACUGGCAGUUUUAACUGAAGGAAAAACGCUGUUGUCUCCUUUUUAUUUGCUUCUAUCAUUUUGAGAAACUAAAGAGCUAUAGAGAGCUACAGACACCCUGCAGACCCACCACCCAAAACAAAUGGUUUUAUAUUUUUGUCUCUUUUGUGUAGAAAAUAAUGCUGCAGUUGGAGCAUCUCCACUUUUGGAAACUAAAUGACAUUUAUUAGGCUUUUGAAACACUGGACGUGAAAGUUGUACGUGCUCAUUUCAGAAAAAUUGGAGAAAAUUGGGAAGCACUGAGGAGCCAAGAAUCACCUGAUUCCCACAACCCCCCGAUCACCUGGUGUCUGCCUUCAAGGCUUCUCAGCUGCAACCAUUUUUCCCCCUCAGUGGCAUUGCAGGACGCUUCCUGGCGGUCAGCACGCGCCCUCCACAGCUGGGCUGGGGCCCCGGCACCCCGUGCUCACCCUGAUCUGCUUAAACCUCUUCUGGACCCUCUGGUUGAGUCCCAGUUUUCCGUAUCGUAAAUAACAUUGCAGGGAACGUCCCGUUUGUGAGUUGUGGUGCACGUCUCGAGUAUUUUCUGAGGCUAUGCUUUAAAAAUACCACUGUGGGAACACAGGGCUUGUGUUUUCUGGGGCUUUUUGGUCUCAUCUUGAGCUGACUGUGAAGUAUCCUUUUGGGUGGCUGAGUCGAUACCCUGGGGCAGCCUGGCUUGUGGCUGGUGAAGCCUGUGGGGUGGAAGUCAGAUGUCCGCCUCUUGGGGCCAUUGCCCUGUCCGUCCCCAGCCCUGUUUACGGGGCCAGCCGAGGCCCCGGCGAGGGAGGGAGGGUGGGCUCAGCCCUGCUUUCCGGUUCUCAGGACUGACCCCAGGGCACGGGGUCCAAGGGCUCAGACUCCAGCUUCUCGGUGCCGUCUGCCCCUGGUGUGGCGCAGCUCCUGGGACCCCGGGACACGCAGGCAGCGUACCCCCAUCUCCCAGUGACAGGGAGGCAGGAGGUGUCUGUUCUUUGAGGGCCUGGAGGGGAGACGUGGGAGCACAUGUGGAUGAAAGGAAAGUGGCGUGGAUUUCUGUGGCUGCAGUCACGGCCCCACGCCUGACACCCCCUCCGGUGCCUCUGGGGACAGAGGUGGAAGAGGCAGCUGUUGGCGGCUGCUGGGGUGCUCCGUUCCUUAGCACCCCCAGCUAGCGCCCUGAGCACCUGUCCUGUGCUCUCCCCCAGAAGAGCCGGCCUCCGCGUGGCCCAGAAGUGCCUGGUAGCAGGCUUUCUGUCCGCAGACUCUUUUUUUUCCCUCUGGCCACUACGGCUAAUAGAGAAGAAUUUGCUAGAAGUGAGGAAAGGAAACCUGUCAAAGCUACCCUGCUUUGUUCUUCACGAGCUUCCUUUCUCUCCGAAACAUGUUUAUCACAUUUACUGUUUUCUCUGGUUGAGCCCAGCUCUCUCCUUACCAUUUGUCAGAUUUCUUUAUAGUAGCAGACGUGCAGACCCAGCCACGGAUCCGCCUCUGACCCACGGGAAGAGGGCAGGACAAGGACCCAGAGAAGUGAUAGGACACGGGGGCUUUGAAUGACUGCCUCUUUCAUCUGGAAAUAGCGUGGGGUCCGGUAAAUCCACUUGGACGUUUGUGGGUGCGGUGCUGCCCCCCACCCGUGAUGUCCCUCCGGCGCCUGCUCUGUGCUGCGGCCUCCCGGCGGCCGGCUCCCGUGAGAUGCAGACGAGGCAGCCCCCUGCACACGGCCCCGGCGGCCUGUUGGGACAGGAGUGCCCCCGUGUUCAGCCGGGCCCUGGCCUUCGGGGACCGGAUUGCCCUCGUUGACCAGCACGGCCGCCACACGUACAAGGACCUCUUCCACCACAGCCUCCGCCUGUCCCGGGAGCUGUGCCGGCUCCUCGGGUGUGCCGGCGGGGACCUCCAGGAGGAGAGGGUCUCCUUCAUGUGCUCCAACGACGUCUCCUACGUGGUCGCGCAGUGGGCCUCGUGGAUGAGCGGGGGCGUCGCUGUCCCCCUCUACAGGAAGCACCCGCAGGCCGAGCUGGAGUAUGUCAUCCGGGACUCCCGGAGCGCCGUGGUCCUUGCUGGCCGGGAGUACGUGGAGCUGCUGGGCCCGGUGGCCGGGAGGCUGGGGGUCCCGCUGCUGCCCCUCCCGCCCACGGUCUACGGUGCGGCGGCCGAGGCGCCCGGGGAGUGGCGGGUGCCGGAGCAGAACUGGAGAGACCGAGGCGCCAUGAUCAUCUACACCAGCGGGACCACAGGGAGGCCCAAGGGCGUCCUGAGCACUCAUCACAACAUCAGGGCCAUGGUGACGGGGCUGGUCCACAAGUGGGCAUGGACUAAGGACGAUGUGAUCCUCCACAGUCUCCCGCUCCACCACGUGCACGGCGUGGUCAACAAGCUGCUGUGUCCCCUCUGGGUGGGUGCCACCUGUGUGAUGCUGCCCGAGUUCAGCGCAGAGCUGGUUUGGGAAAAGCUCUUAAGUUCUGAAGCUCCACGAAUUAACGUAUUUAUGGCGGUGCCUACAAUAUAUGCCAAGUUGAUGGAUUAUUAUGACAAACAUUUCACUCAGCCUCACGUCCAGGAUUUUGUACGUGCGGUCUGUGAGGAGAAAAUUAGGUUGAUGGUUUCGGGGUCCGCCGCCCUGCCCCUGCCUGUGCUGGAGAAGUGGCAAAGGGUCACCGGCCACACUUUGCUGGAGCGCUAUGGGAUGACGGAGAUCGGCAUGGCCCUGUCCAACCCCCUGACCACGGCUCGCACGCCAGGUUCCGUGGGGACCCCGCUGCCAGGUGUGGAGGUACGCAUUGUCUCAGAAAACCCCAAGAAGGAGGGCUAUCCCUACGUGCUCCACGCGGAAGGAAAUGAGAAGGAGACAAAGGUGACCCCAGGGUUCACGGAGAAGGAAGGAGAGCUCUUGGUCAGGGGGCCGUCCGUGUUCCGUGAAUACUGGGACAGACCAGAAGAAACCAGAAACGCCUUCACCUGCGACGGCUGGUUCAAGACAGGCGACACAGCCGUGUUCAAGGACGGCAGGUACUGGAUCCGGGGUCGCACGUCCGUAGACAUCAUCAAGAGCGGUGGCUACAAGAUCAGCGCCCUGGAGGUGGAGCGGCUCCUGCUGGCGCACCCCAGCAUCACAGAUGUGGCUGUGAUUGGAGUUCCAGACAUGACAUGGGGCCAGCGGGUCACCGCAGUGGUGACCCUUCAGGAGGGACACUCACUGUCCCACAGGGAGCUCAAAGAAUGGGCAAGGGGCGUCCUGGCCCCAUACGCCGUGCCCUCUGAGCUGCUGCUGGUGGAGGAGAUCCCACGGAACCAGAUGGGGAAGGUCAACAAGAGAGAUCUCAUCAGGCAGUUCUACCCGAGUGACCAGGGUGCCCCGAGGCCGGGCACCGGUGAGCCAGCGUCCCCUGUAAACUAGAACCCCCCAGAUCAGAGGGAACAGUGCCGGGGCUAGCAGAAAUGAGAUCACAGUGCUGAUUUUCAGAUCCGACGUGACCCCCUGUCGCCUCUGCUGCGUCCUCACAGCCACACCCGCACCGAGCGUGGCUCCCUGUGCUGCCGUCUGCUGGGCGGGUCCCCGCAGUGUCCAGCGGCACGCCCCAGGGCAGCGGGCCUCCAAGAAAAAUUCAGUAAAGUCUGUGCAAAGA